CUGGUGGCAGAACGAGGCUGAUGGCGCCAACCUGUGAAGGGAGAGAAGAUACCGAUUUUUCGUAGGCCAUUUUAUGCUGACUAUUCAUCCGAUCUUGAACAGCAAGAGAUAAAAUGUUGGGCUUGACGUCCAUUUUGCAAGAGGAGGAGUCCUCUAACAAUGUCCCAUUGCUAACACAGAUCAAGCAGGAAUCACCAUACGACAGUGGCUACCUUUCCCCGGGGCCCCUUGUUCAAAGAUCUGUGAUUCCAUCCGGACAGAUGGCACUACUCUCCCAAACACGGACCAGUCCAGUCAAGUCAAUGAUUUCACAGCGCCCUAUUGAUCAGUUGAAUGUUGACAAUUUACAGAAACCACCAGUGUAUGAAGAUGUUGGAAUAUCUGAAGAAUGGGAGAAAGACUUUUUUGCAAAUUUUGAAGAAAAUCUGUUUAGCUUAGAUCUAGAUGAACAAGUGUUAGAUGAUAUUCUGAAGUCACCAAAAGGUAAAGUGGCUUUGAAAGAAAUAAUCAACUCCCCUAAAGGGAAAGCCAUUAUGAGCUCACCAAAAGGUAAAAAACUAAAGGAGAGAAUGAGGUUAUUUGACGCACAUCCAGGUCAGGAAGAACUUACAUCAGUGUCGGAUCACAGUCGGGGUAUUCUUUGUCCAGCAGACACCAACAAACCUGGAAUAACGCCCAUGAAACCUGAUGCUCAGCGAGCUCUUAAAAUGUCGAAGAGAAAACUUAGUAUGGGGACAAUCAACCAGCCAUUGAGACCAUCUUUCACCAACUCCUUACCAACUCUUGCACCUGCCAUCAAUGAAAAUGAUCAACCAGUUGUCUGGCCAUCGCAGGAACGACUGAAAUUUGCCCGCAGUAAUUUUAAAGACAUUUUGAGGAAGGCUGUACAGAAAGUAGAAAGUGCAGAAGCUGCAUUCAAGGCUCAGCAAAAGAUGAAGUCAACAACAACCACAACAAAGACAGGUCGACGUCAAAAAGGAAAGUCAGAUAAAUAUCCGCAGUUAUCAAAAGCAUUAUCACGUCCCAGCAUUCCAAAUGAUUCUGAUGAUCAACAACCAACUCGUAAGUCAGAAAGGAAGUCACACAUGUCUGCAGGGUUGCUGUUGUCAGGAUGUAAUCUCCAGGAUGACUGGUAUAACCCAGAAGAAGACGAUGAUGAUGAAGAUUGGCGAGGGGACUUGCCAUUUACAGGCUUCAAACAAGCAACAAAAAGAAGGAAAAAGAUGAUCACCGGUCAGACAAAACGGCGGAAAAGUUCAAAUUCACACAACACAGUGAGAUACGGAAAAUAUUAAAUGUCUAUAUUGUGAUAUAUUCUUUCUAAAAUAUGAAAAAGAAAGACAAUUUUUUGUACUAAAAUGUACUUGUGAUAGGUGUUAUUUUAUGAUUAUUAGAUCUUUACAGGAAUCUGUGUUUGUACUGGUCAAGCAAUUAAUGAGUUCUAACUAUAAUCUCAGUGCAAGAAAGCUGUAUUUCCAUAGCCAUAAAUUAUAUGAAUGGUAGAAAUUAAUGUCUAGUACAGUAUAUACACUUUAUAUGAGAACCUGGCUGUACUACUAACAUGUCGCAUGGAACUUUUAAAAUGCUAGGUUUUGGUCACUUUCCAAAAUUUCCUGUUUAUAUGUAUAUGUAUGUUUAUAUGUAAGUAUUGAAAAACAAUGUGCAAUAAACCAUGAUGAUCCUGUUAUGGUGCAAAUCUAAUAUCAGUAUGAGAAAAAAGUAUGUAAUGAACUCGCUUAAAAACAUCAGCAUGAUAUGUGUCUGUCAUUCUCGUCUUAAUAGUCCUUUUGUUUCUUUUACUUGAAAUUAUUACUGGGUCUUAAUAAAAAUUGUGGCCCCAAUGAAAUUUGAAGUUCUACAUAUGAUAAGGUAUAAUUUGUGUAUAAAUGUACAUUUAUUUUCACUGAAUUUAAGGGGGCGAGGGAUAUCAUAAUAGCUUAGCUCAGUUGCUUAAAUGGGUUGAUUAUUCAAAAUACUUUUAUUGAUUAAGAAUAUGGAUGUUAUUUUUCUUGAGGUUUAAUACCAUUAUGGAAGGACUCCCUAAUAAUACUGUAUUCUAAAAUUUGUUUGAUGGAAGGUCUUGUAUAAUAAAACUACUUUUAGUGUUACAUGAUUAAUAAAUGAAUUUUGAAGGUUGAUUCCAGACUUUAUGCAAGGACUACAUAUAGGGGUCUGUAAGAUAAUUUGUUGAAGCUUAAGUAUAGGCAAACAAAAUGGAUUUGAAAUUCUGUUUAUACCAAGGGGUUGUGAGUUAUAUGCCUGCUAUAUGUAUUGUAUAUAAUAUCUAUAUUCUCUAGUGAUGAUUUAGUGUAAAAUUAUGUAAAAGCUAUAAUUAAUGGUGUAUCAUCAAUAGAAUUAAGAAAUUGAAUUUUUUGCAUACAUGUUAUUUCAUAUUGGAGAAGUUUUUCUUAGAUUUAUAUGUUAUAAUUAGAGUUCUUUAGCUGUAUUUCAUAAGUUAGAUCUUUUUUAAACCCAUUUUCACCCCAUCACCAGAAACCAUAGCAACCAGGCCUACAACAUUUACAACAGUAAGGUAUGUAAAUUUAAAGGAUAAAAAAAAAAAUAUCACAACAGAUAAAAGUGUGUCAAGUCAAGAGUUGUAUCACUGUGUCAUUUAAUCUUAAUUGUAGUAUUCCUCAUGACUUUGUGCAUAAAUUCCCAAGUGCCUUUAUAAAUGCUAAGUCCAAAAUAUUUUUUUUUUACUACCAGUAUGCCUCAAAAUAUAACGUUGAGAUGAAUUUCAACAAGCUUUAAGAAUUCUGGAUCAUGGUCAAAUGUAGAAUACUUUCAUAUACUGUACAGUGUAAAUGUCAAAAAAGCCAAAUAUAGCAUAUAUUUUCAUUCAUUUGUUGAAAAAAUUAUUAUUUUUUUGUCUGGUGAAGUUUGAAAACAAAUUAGAAUAUUUGUAAAUAUUGUAUUAUAGGGGAGAUAACUGUGACACCUUUAUAAUGCUUUACUGUAAUCAAAUGUAGUCAGAAAUUAUCUUAUAUAAGGGAAUACCCUAAUGCUGAUAUGGUACAUGACUAUAUAUGGAAAUAUAGAAUAGAAUACCUAGGUAUAUAGAUUUAUUGAUGCACAUUUAAAUAGAAUCUGUCAAUGUUGUCAUUGAUUAAAAAUUAAGUAUUAAAACAAAAGCAUUCAUGGGACGGUCCAUUAUUUGCUGGAGUCCUAUGAUAUGGAUUAGUUUUUUUCCCUACUUAAUCUAAUGCAGACCUAAAGUGAUUUGAAAACAAUGCUUUCAAAUUAUUAUUUUUUUUUUUUAAAGAAAUGUCUCCAUGUUACUGAGGAGGCGUAUGAAAUUCCCCGUCACUAGUAGUAAAUUUCAGUACAUUGUUACCCUGGUAAGAAGUAACAGUUAUGUUGUAUUAUUUAUUAUAUUAGCCUGUUGCUAUUCUCUUUAUAAUGGAAUGAUAAAAUAAAACAGUAAAACCUA